UCUCUCAAAUCAACAACAACAACAACAAAUUCAUAAAACAACAAUGGCAACAACACCACGUUCUGGCGGCUCUGCUGGCGGCGGUACAGCUCAACGUCCAAAUGGUACAUCUCAAAGUUGCCAAUUUAAAUUGGUAUUGCUGGGCGAAUCGGCUGUGGGCAAAUCAUCAUUGGUGUUACGUUUUGUUAAGGGGCAAUUUCAUGAAUAUCAAGAGAGUACGAUAGGAGCAGCAUUCCUAACACAGACCAUCUGUAUAGAAGAUACAGUGGUGAAAUUUGAAAUUUGGGAUACUGCAGGACAAGAAAGAUACCACAGCUUAGCUCCCAUGUAUUACAGAGGUGCGCAGGCCGCUAUUGUUGUAUAUGAUAUACAAAAUCAAGACAGUUUUCAACGUGCAAAAACCUGGGUCAAGGAACUGCAUAAACAAGCCUCUCCUAACAUUGUUAUUGCCUUGGCUGGUAAUAAAGCAGAUCUUUCAAAUAUCCGUGUUGUAGAAUAUGAGGAAGCUAAACAGUAUGCUGAAGAAAAUGGUUUGUUAUUCAUGGAGACCUCAGCAAAAACCGGCAUGAAUGUGAAUGACAUUUUCAUGGCAAUUGCCAAGAAAUUACCUAAAAACGAUGGAGCUAAUAAUCAAGGGGCGGGUGCCGGUAGAAGGCUAAAUGAAAAUGAAAAUAACCGACAGACGACCAAUUGCUGCAAGUGAUGUCUUUUUGUAGAAAAUAAAAUUUCCAACGAGAGAUUUGAAAAAUUUAUUAUUAUGCUGAUAAUUAUAAAUAAACAAAUAUUUAAAAUUUAAAUUUAAUUAAAAAAAACAAACAAAAAAAGAAUGAAAAACAAACAACA